AUGACAGGCGGAGCCCACAAACCCCCAUAUCCUCCGGGCACCUCACUCGCAGCUACGCCCGUUGGCCUGAAAUGUCCCCCAAAUCUCCACCCCUGGGCUGAGAACCCGCUGAGGAGUUUCGUGCCAAGGAGAGGAAGCCAGGGGUUGGGGCGGGGCCGGCGCAGUCCCCCGCUGACCGCCCCUCCGGCCCGCGCCUCCGCCCCCGGCUCCGCGCCCCGGGGACAGCUGGCAGCCCCACGCCCGCCAGACACAAAGCCGAUCAGUCCGGCGGCGCGGGCGGCGGGGACGACCCGCGAGCCUGUCCCUUCCUCGCCGCUCCCGCUGACACCUCGUCCGGCGUCCGCGGCCCUCCUGGUCUCACCACCUCCCGCCCCCCAAAAAGAACAGCCCGGACCCCUCAUCCCAGGGCCGGGGAGGACCUGCCUCCUUGCAACCAGCGGCGAAGGCGCCCCGGGAGGGGCACCUGAGAUCCAUCGGGGCCGGCCCCUCACCCUCCUCUCCCGCCCCAGAAGUUUAGGGGCUCCCGGCCGCCCGCCUACGCCCCUGCCGCCCCGACCCUCGGCCUCCGAGGAGCAGCCCGCUCGGCCCCCCGGGAAGAUGGCGAGGUGGAGCCGCCACCGCCUCCUCCUGCUGCUGCUGCGCUAUCUGGUGGUCGCCCUGGGCUAUCAUAAGGUCUAUGGAGUUUCUGCCCCGAAAGACCAAGUAGUUACAGCAAUAGAGUACCAAGGUGAUUUUAAAGAUCGAGCUGAGAUGAUCGAUUUCAGUAUACGGAUCAAAAAUGUUACAAGAAGUGAUGCUGGGCAAUAUCGCUGUGAAGUUAGUGCCCCAACUGAGCAAGGCCAGAACCUGGAAGAGGAUAUGGUCACUCUAGAAGUAUUAGUGGCUCCAGCAGUCCCAUCAUGUGAAGUACCCAGUUCUGCUCUGAGAGGAACUGUGGUAGAGCUACGAUGUCAAGACAAAGAAGGAAAUCCAGCUCCUGAAUACACAUGGUUUAAGGAUGGCGUCCGUUUGCUAGGGAACUCAAAACUUGGCUCCCAAAGCACCAACAGCUCAUACACAGUGAACUCGAAAUCUGGAACUCUGCAAUUUAACACUAUUUCACAACUGGACAGCGGAGAAUAUUCCUGUGAAGCCCGUAAUUCUGUGGGAUAUCGCAGGUGUCCUGGGAAACGAAUGCAAGUAGAUGAUCUUAACAUAGGUGGCAUCAUAGCAGCUGUAGUUGUUGUGGCUUUAGUGAUUUCCAUUUGUGGCCUUGGUGUGUGCUAUGCUCAGAGGAAAGGCUACUUUUCAAAAGAAUCCACCUUUCAGAAGAACAGUUCUGCAUCUAAAGCCACUACACUGAGUGAAAAUGAUUUCAAGCACACAAAGUCGUUCAUAAUUUAAAAGAACUGUACCUUUGAGAUGCGACAAAACAAAAAUAUAAUUGUCACAUGAGUUAUUAAAAAUUGUAAAACUUGGCUUUGUCUUCCAUUUGCAAAGAGGUACAUGAAGAAAUGAAAUUGGUAUCUUAUCAUUUUUGUGAACCUCUAAAUCACCUGAAAUUGUUAUCAUUUUAAACAAAUAGUUUGUGAACACUUAAAAUACAGUCUAAUUUCUUGUGUCUGGAGGAUGUUAAGAGCAUCAAAAUACUCUGUAAUAUUCUGGGAUUUGUGAAAUGUUAACAAAUGUUCUAACUUCUAGAAAAAAUUACUAAAAUAUCUCGUAUUGUCUGUGCAAUCAGUACGUGGAACAUGAAGAGAUCAACUGUACAUACUCCCUAUGCAAGGGUCUGAUUUAAGGGAUUCAGAAAAUACUGACAGAUGCAGAAAGAACGUCUGGUCUAAUUUCUACCAGAAUCCUCUUUUCUCCCCUAAUACAAUCCUUGUUCUGCUGCUCAUUUAUCACUAAUAUAUCCGCAGAAGGGAGGUAGUGGGGCUGCAUCUUAUUUCCAGGGAUCUGUGCUCUGUUUACUUUCAUUUCUGAGAACCAAAAGCAACAUGGAGAAAAACACCUCA